GGAAAAAAGCAAAUCGAAACACGAGGUAAACAGCAUUCAUUUCUCUGUGAGCGGCCAAUGAAGCUACAUGCCGAGGCUUUGCAUUAAAAAAGUUUCAUAUUAAAAGCUAUUAUAUUUCUAAUAUUCGUUCAUUUAAAGUAUACUUUAAACGUGAAGAUGACUGAUGAAGUUAACCCAAAGGCUUAUCCGCUGGCGGAUCAGGCAUUGACCUCCAAGAUUAUGACUCUGAUCCAGCAAGCCGUCAACUACAAGCAGUUGCGUCGAGGGGCGAACGAAGCGACCAAAACGCUGAAUCGCGGUCUGUCCGAGUUCAUCGUGAUGGCAGCGGAUGCCGAACCGCUGGAAAUCCUGCUCCACUUGCCGUUGCUGUGCGAGGACAAGAACGUGCCGUACGUGUUCGUUCGUUCGAAGCAAGCGCUAGGCCGUGCCUGUGGCGUGUCUCGGCCCAUCGUGGCAUGUUCCGUAACGAUCAACGAGGGCUCGCAGCUCAAAUCACAGAUCGUCACCAUUCAGCAGGAGAUUGAACGGUUGCUGGUUUAGUUUGCACCAUGGAAUUGUACAAAUUUACCACUAGCAUUUGCAUCCUAAUGUAACAAAAGAAUAUUAAGUCUAAUAAAUUUUUACUGUGAAUACUA